AUGGGGCUUGUGGAAACCCACCUGUAUGGCAAGCAGCUCGGGGACGAGCAGCGGCACCUCAGAGGCAUGGGGUGGCGCACUGAGUAUACUACGGCACCAGCCACGCCGACGUCGGGAAAGGGCAGCUCUGGGGGAGCUCUCUGGGCGCAAGCGAGACAGUUCAACACAUUUCCGCAUCUAGCCACGGGGUGUGGCGAUGACCUACUGUGCCAGCAGCUCCAUGACAUUGCAAUCACCAUGGUCCGCCUCAAGCACGUUACGGUCGCCUUCAUCACUAUCUACCUCACCUCGGACCCCAAAGGGCUGGAUCUCCCUACCAACAUCUCCAAGCUCAACCAGCUGCUCACGCUCGUGCGCACGUUGGGCACGCCGUGGAUGGUCUACGGCGACUUCAACAACACUCCAGAGCAGUUCAGGGCCUCGUGUUGGCACGAAGCUUUUGCGCCUGAGUAUCUUCAACCCAACUGCGAGUUCACCUGCGCGGGAAGCUCAGGGCGUAUGAUAGAUUGGGGUCUAUGUUCGCCAACGUUCCUGCCGCUUGUCAAGUCCGUCGAGCCUGUUUAUAACGUUCCGUGGCAGCCGCGCGUGGGCACCGAGAUCCGCAUGCACUCGAGCUCCACCAUACUGAAGAUGGCGAGGUAUUGGAACAUGGCGGCGAUGUGCAUGACCACCUGCUACAAGACCACUAGGGACCUUGCGGAGUCGUGCGGCAGAUGGGCCAUGGCCGCGGAGGCUGCUCUACUCAACCUGACGGAUGCCAUGCCGAUCAGUGACGAGCGCCGUAGAGGACAGCCGCUGCGCUAUCGGCUCGAGCAGAUGAUACGCCAGCCCGACCCCAUGUACAUCCAGGCAGGCACCAAGCAGCUCGAGACCAACGCCUGGAUCAGUCUCACCAGCCAGCUCCAAGUCUUCGUCAAACAGUGCGAGCGACGCCAAUCGCAGAGUGAAGCGAACAUCGGCACCAUCAGGCCCAAGACUGAUGACCAACGAGACCACCAAGCUGCUGACGCGGUACUGGAUGACCCUAUUGCGCGCAUGGUUGCACGCACGCCGUCUUACCAGUGCUACCCGUGGACUGACAUCCCCUUCGGCGGCCGACUACAACUUCCAGGCCAAGCCGUAUCUUCAGCUCCGACGUGCACAACACCGUGGCCGGCCGUCACCAGCAUGGACGACGAAGAGGCGGACCCCUUCGACGCGAUCAACAACGACAUCGACUGCUUCGACUACCUGGAGCUGCUGCAGCGCGAGCCUGAGGAGCCAG